GAAGUUUCUUGAAAUAUAAGUGUUGAUUUAUAACCAAAUAGUUUCAACGGUUUCUUGUAAAAUAGCAUUGUAACUAAUGCCCAGCAUGAGUCUGAAGGACAUGCUGAGAAGGUUAUUUAAUGGCAGUGAGACUUAUGUAAAUAUGGAGUUUGAAAGCAAAACUUUGCAUCUAUUCAUGUAGUAAUACAUUCCUGGGCUGUUUGUUUACCUGCCAGGGAUGUAUUACUCCCUGGCAAGAGUCUUAGUAUAACUGUUUCCAAACACAAAAGUCUGGUGAAGAUGUACUGGCUGACCGAAGGGACGUUCUGGAAACCUUCAGAACGAUGGGCCUCCCAGGUGGGUGACGAAUGUUGGUGUGAGUUCGAAAAAUUUCUGAGAAGAUACCUCAGGCUUAGUAGCCAACGUUGCCGGUCUUGGCUGUCGCAGAUCUGCUGGGCACGUGCGGCUCGGAGACAGGUUGCCUGGCAACCGUGCCGCGUGUGGGAAAGCCGCAGGCUUGGCUAGGGGUGUAUUGGCACAGUAUUCCCGAUGCCCUGGAAGUGUCUGGGCAUUGUGGCAAACCCAUGCCUGAGACAGAACAGAGAAUGUAUGGAUGUUUGUUUUUAAAACCAUAGUAGGGAAACAGCUUGGUAGGAGUUUGAUGUAUCUAUUAAAAAUAAAUCAGUUUUAGUUCCUGGUAGUCGUGGUUUGGGAACGUUUAUAGAGACUAAGAUCUUGAGUGAAACGGAGAAGCUGACCUUUUUCAAUUUUAAGAAACAGGCAUUUAUACAAGAUAGGUGUAAAACGAUGUGAAUCACUUUGGAUAAAAAAAAUAUACUUGUUGCCUUUGUAAAAUUCCAUUGUUCCCUUCGCUAACAAAUCCGCGGUGGCGAAAUGCUAACUGCUGUUAACUUCAGUCGUGAAGCUACGAGUUGACAUGGUAGGUGGGCAAUAGCGCAGUAAUUUUUCUGAUAAACUCUUUACAUAGACCAAAUGUGCAAUGCGACUGGCAGGUCACACUUGCACUAAUUCUCACAUAACCUGUUAAUUCAGAUUUGCCUGCAGAGUCUUGUAAUGAUGACAGUCCUGUACAUGCCAGACACCUCGUUGCUUAUGGUAAGAAAAAAACACACACGGCUCUCCUGUUCCUCUGUACGCACAAAUAGCAGGCGUGUACCCGUAGCUGAUUGGUCAGAGGAUGUUCGCUUGGUUUGUGGUUGUUCUAUAAUCAGACUGGAGUUGACGAGGGUGUACAGUGGUAACUUCCGGUUUCCGCCAUGCCUCGCUUCACCAGACACUCACAUUCAGGUCUGGUGUUCUGGGUGGAUGGUGGCUGGCAAAAAGGCCAAGGAUCAAGGGGGGUUUAACUUCUCUCACACUCGGGCCGUUUUCCUGCUCGUUUUAUCUGUACGCUAACGCCCCCCCACCAUGGAAGCUCCAAUGGAAAACUCAGAGGAAGGCUGCGGGGACCUGACGCGAGAUGACGAGGAGGCACUCUGGGAGAACGUGGAGAGCAACCGCUACAUCCUGAGCCGAUACAUCAACCCCAACAAGCUGACGCCCUACCUGCGGCAGUGCAAGGUGAUCGACGAGCAGGACGAGGACGAGGUCCUGAACUCCUACAUGCUCACCUCCAGGGUAACCCGCGCAGGUCGCCUCCUGGAUAUCUUACACACUAAGGGUCGUCGUGGCUACGUGGUGUUUCUGGAGAGCUUGGAGUUCUACUAUCCGGACCUCUACAAGCUGGUCACGGGGAAGGAGCCCACGCGCAGGUUCUCCACCAUCGUGGUGGAAGAGGGUCACGAGGGCUUGACUCAGUUCCUGAUGAACGAGGUGAUCAAGCUGCAGCAGCAAACCAAAGCAAAGGACGUGCAGCGCGUAGACAUCAUGGGCAAGCUCCGCACGCUGGAGGACGAGGACAAGAAGCUGCGGCUGGCCAACCAGGAGCUGCUCACCUUCCAGGAGCGCUACAACAAGAUGAAGGAGGAGUGUAACAGCAUCACCAAUGAGCUGUGCAAGGUUAAGGAUGACAACUACACCCUGGCCAUGCGCCUGGCGCAGCUCAGCGAGGAGAAGAACAUGGCCGUCAUGAGGAGCCGUGACCUGCAGCUGGAGAUUGACCAGCUGAAGCACAAGCUGAACAAGGUGGAAGAGGAAUGCAAGAUGGAGAGGAAGCAGUCGCUGAAGCUGAAGAACGACAUUGAAAAUCGCCCUCGCAAGGAGCAGAUCUUUGAGCUGGAGCGGGAGAACGAGGUGUUGAAGAUGAAGGUUCAGGAACUGCAGUCUAUCAUACAGCCAGGGAAGCAGGUGCUGCCUGAUUCAGAAAAAGCAAUUGUGGACAUCCUGGAACACGACCGCAUGGAGGCCCUAGAGGACCGGCAGGAACUGGUCAACAAGCUAUAUAACCUGCACGAGGAGGUCCGGCAAACUGAAGAGCUUAGGGACAAGUACUUGGAGGAGAAAGAAGAUCUUGAGCUGAAGUGCUCAACACUGUUGAAGGACUGCGAAAUGUACAAGAACCGCAUGAACACGGUCAUGGUGCAGCUGGAGGAGGUGGAGAAGGAGCGGGACCAGGCCUUCCGCUCCCGUGAUGAAGCCCAGAGCCAGUUCUCCCAGUGCCUGAUUGACAAAGACAAAUACCGCAAACAGAUCCGCGACCUGGAGGAGAGGAGUGAUGAGCUGCAUAUUGAGAUUGUGCGUAAGGAGGCCAAGAUCGUCAACCUGGAGGCCAAAUUGAGGCGUCUGUCCAAGGAGAAUGGUCUGGACCAGAGUUUACCUCGAGACAUGCCUCUGCCUAUUAUGACGCUGACCUGCAGUCAGCAGGAUGCCAAACGAGAUGGUCAGGACUAUGACUCUGAUGAGGAGUCCCCUGUGGACCCAAAGUUCUUCCUCCCAGGGUCUCGGAUCAAACGUCAAGUAAACCUGAGGAAUGUUAGAGCCAAGUCUCCAGUCACAGUCCCCAAAUCCCUGGACUUUCAAGCAUCCACCCCCGUUGAACUGUCGGAUGCAGCCAGCACGGACACCAGCUCCAUGAUCACCACCUCCACCAGCUGUAGCAGCUUUCCUGUUACCCCUGCCGGCACCGAGGAGAUGUACAACAAAAACGUUCUGCGCUCUCGCAACGACAGCAUGUGGUCCACAUUCCCAGAACCACCGGGUAAUGAUUCCAUUGUCCGGAGGAACAAAGAGGGAGGAUAUAUAAGUCCACUAAAAAGCAUCUGUGAUUUUGAAUGUGACAGUGGGGACAACAUGGAGAUUGAUGAAGACACUGACAGAUCAUCUCACGGGCCUCCCUCCAUUCACUCCUCCUCCUCCUCACACCAAUCCGAGGGCUUCGAGUCCUACGACCUGGAGCAAGUCAACAACAUCUUCCGGAAGUUCUCCUUGGAACGGCCCUUCAGACCAUCUCUGAACUCCUUCACGCGCCUCAACAGCACCAUUCGGCCGAUACAAGACGUCACGGUUCCAGGGGAUUCCUUCCUGUCUGAGGUCGUCCUGGUGGGGGGCAAUGACAGCGGCAUCUUUGUCUUCUCUGUCCAGCCCGGGUCCCAUGCAGACCGGGCAGGCUUGAAAGAGGGACACCACCUCCUGAUGCUUGCGGGUUGUAUCCACGGGGAGAACCAGAGUGUGAACCUGGACACCUCCACUAAGGAAGAGGUCCACUGGACCUUAAGAAGAUGCACAGGGCCGAUCCAGGUUCACUUCAAGUCCAACAUCGAUGGUUAUAGGAAGUUACAGAGGGAGAUGGAUGAGGGCUGCGUGGUGUCUGGGGAUUCCUUCUACAUCAGGCUCAACCUCAACGUGGGUCCGUCUGACAACUGCACGCUGUCGGCGCGCUGCGACGAGGUCGUCCAUGUACUGGACACCAUGUACAACGGCAAGCAGGAGUGGCUGUGUGCACGUGUAGACGGCGUCACCGACAAGGACUUGGAGAGGGGCACCAUCCCCAGCUACUCUAGGGCUCAGCAGCUUCUCCUGGUGAAGAUCCAGAAGCUGAUCUACAGGGGGAGCAGAGACGAGACAGAAACCUUACGUGGGUUCAGGAGUACACUGCAGCCUGAAGAAUCUCCCGCCCCUCCAGACCCAAAGUCCAGCCCCCGACUCUCUCGUGCCAGCUUCUUCAUCUGUCAGUUUCUGCAGCUCGUCAGCAGGAACGACAAUAAGUACAAACGGCUGAACAGCAGCGAGAGGGUCCGGAUCGUCAAUGGGUCGAGUUCUACACUCUCUCGCCCUGGUUUUGAAACUAUGAAGUCAGAAGACCUGGACACGGAGGGCGACUUGAACAAAAGCCUGAAUCUCAUUCCCUACAGUCAUGUGACUCAAUGUCACUGUCAGCGCAAGAGGCCCGUCCUCUUUGCACCCAAUGUUCUGGCCAAAACCAUCGUGCAGAAGUUUCUGAACCUGGCAGGGGCUAUGGAGUUCAACAUAUGCAAGCCGGAUAUCUUAACCAAGGAUGAGUUUCAGCUGAAGCAGAAGAUCGAGCCUAUUAUUUACUCUAAAGAGAAGCAUGCCAAUACAUUUGAGUGCAUCACCCCAGAAAACAUCGAGGCAGUGGCUGCGAAGAACAAGCACUGCCUUCUGGAAGCCAGCCUUAGCUGCGUAAAAGAUCUGCUAAGGAGGGAAAUAUAUCCCAUCAUCAUCUUCAUCAAAACCAGCGAGAAGAAUAUAAAAAAAUUAAGGAGGCUGCCGCUGAAGGUCGACUCAGAAGAGGACUUCCUGAAGAUGUGCAGGUCAAAGGAGAAGGAGAUUGAGGGGCUUCCUUGUCUCUACGCCUCCGUGGAGCCGGACUCGUGGAACACAGUGGAGGACCUGCUGAAGGUCAUAAAGGACAAAAUCUUGGAAGAGCAGAAGAAAACCAUCUGGGUGGAGUUGGACCAGCUCUGAGGGAUGCCAUGUCGGUCUCCACAGAGAUGCCUUACUACUUGGGUGUUAAAUGGGCCACUGUUGUACUGGACCAAAAGUUUGAUGAAAGUGGAUAUGUAGCACAAGAAAAUGAACCGGAAAUAGGAGAAGUUGUGUGUGUGUGGGGGGUGGUGGGGGGGGUGGUGAAAGUGUGCAAAUGGAAACAGAAGAAGCUGAGAUCAGUUUUGGUGCUAAGAAGCGGCAUGAGAUUUUAAAUAGGAAGGGACUGAUUCAUUUUGUCUUUGCACUACAGGCGGCUGGAUGAAACUUUCAUUUGCCCCUGCUUUGCUUGGCUUGUAGCGCCCCUGAAAUGCUGUUUGCUGCUCUCCCAGGGAGCCGUCACAGGAAGUAAGGGUAACAUACACUAUGAUGUAAAGGGCUAAAGACAAACAGUCAGCAGAUCUGUAUUAAAAAUAUGCAAACUUUCUGAAAAAAGCAAACAUUUGAAUACCCCAAGACUUUCUUCAGUGUGGUAUAAGUGGAUGAAUUUAGAUUUAUGAAGUCACCUGUCUGUAUUUACUUUCUUGUGAAUCACAAAGAAAUAUUUUAAAAUGUAUUAAUACCCCAUCAUAUUGCCAGAUAAAAGAUUCAAGACUCUUAAUACUUGUUCAUGAGUCAAAAGCAUGAACAGAGAAGUUAACAUGGCCUGGUGUACCUGGUACUGGUACUUGUUACUUAAGGGUGUUUUAAUGUAAGUCAUGUCGUACAUGUAACUGAGAUGUGUGUUAAAGUAAUUUCAGCUUGAUUUCUGUCACGCCCAGCUCGUACGCUCCUCGUGUGUGCCACGCCCCCCUGAUUAUCCACAUGUGCUUCCCUGAUCGUACCCAGCUGUGUCUAGUUAUUUUAAUCAGUCCUGUCUAUUUCAGUCCACAUCUUGCCUGAGUUCAUUGUCUGUCAUUGAUGUUGUCAGUGUCAAAUGUUGCCUUCGCCCCCGUUACCCAAAUAAAUCCCCGUUUUCCCGGCUUUUGCCUGCCCGAACGGUCGCCUGCUCUCUCACUCAACGAUCGCGGCGAUCGUGACAAUUCCCGUGAGUUGGUCAGGUUAUAGAUUCAUGCAGUCAUACAUGCGCUGAUCUUUAUUUCUUAGUUAGGAAGACGUUAGUCAUUUAGUUCUGCUGCAGUAACCAUAUUUUUUUUACAUGUAUAUAUAAAUUGGUGGUCAGCCACAAAUCUUGUGAGGGGGCACUGACAACAAAAACCUGCCCCCACCCCCCAAGUAGUUCAUGUAUUUGAUGAUAAAUUCCCUGUUUUUCGUUUUUUUUUUUUUUUUUUUUUUUUUUU